UAUGAUUUUACAUACCUGACAUAUUAUUCAUGCAGUGAAAAUAUUUAGGGGUGCGAUGCACACGGGCUUAUGUUUAUUGUUGUGCGCACCGCUUUAUUUUGCGCAGACUGCGCGCUGAACAGCGGCUUUCUGCGCGGCUGAGCUGCAUGACCCUCCUCCUCCUUCUCCUCCUCCUUAACGGCCACAACCAUCUGCCGCCUCUUUUGCAAUUUCAAACCCAGCAGAUUAUUUCCCUCAGACGUCUAGUGACGCUUGACAACCCAAAAAAAAUCGCCUCAAGAGCAGCUGCGCUGCAAGGCGGCCUCUCCGCACACACGGGACCUCAGCGCGGUUUACCGGAGCCGUUGAACGCAGAGACGCACUUUCGGGUCCUAAAGACGAAGCGGAUUUGAAUUAAGCACCGGAUCACAGCAACCCCGCAUAUUCUGGCUAAGGGGAGGGAGAGGAGGCAACUGUUUGGUAUCUCUUGGAAGCCCUGAGUGAGGUGAAGGGGGAGGAGGAGCGGAGAAUGAGCUAUUCUUGUACCAGCAGAGGCAACAGCCAGGACCCGUCAAGCGCAAAGCAGUCCGUCGGUACUAAUCCUGCCCAAACCGGCGACAGUGGCACUGACAGCACCGGGAACGGAAGUCCGAAGCAGACGGAGGCGAUGAAAGUGAAGAAAGGCUGCAACUCGAGCGAGGUGGUGGGAGUCCCGGUGACCACGGAGGAAGAGCUGCUGACGAGGACGGCGAUCAGUCCGGAGGAUGUUCUGGGUCUGCAGAAGAUCACAGAGAAUUAUCUUUGCAGCCCAGAUGAGAACAUUUACAGCAUCGACUUCACACGGUUCAAGAUCAGAGACAUGGAGACGGCAACAGUGCUGUUUGAAAUCACUAAACCUCCGUCCACAGAUAAAACAGGGGAGAAGCGUGACAUCGACCCAAAUGCCGGGCGUUUUGUUCGUUACCAGUUCACUCCUGCUUUCCUUCGACUGCGACAAGUUGGAGCCACCGUUGAGUUCACAGUCGGAGACAUGCCGAUAGAGAACUUCAGGAUGAUCGAGAGACAUUACUUCAGAGAGAAGUUGCUCAAAAGUUUUGACUUUGAGUUUGGCUUCUGCAUGCCCAGCAGCAAGAACACGUGUGAACACAUCUACGAAUUCCCGCCUCUGUCAGAAGACACUAUCAGAGAGAUGGUCCUUCACCCGUACGAGACACAGUCGGACAGCUUCUACUUUGUGGACAAUAAGCUGGUGAUGCACAACAAGGCAGACUACUCCUACAAUGGUGGAACAUAGAUACGCCAAGGCAAGAGAGAGAGAGAGAGAGUGAGAGGUGAACUUAAGGACCAACCACAGAGACGAUCAGAGAACAAUGAUAGAGUUUUUCUUUUAUCUUUCCAUCUUCUGCUGUUAGAACAAAUCCAGGAAAAGAUUGCCUCUGUGAUAAUCUGUGAUUAUGUUUGUGACCACACAAACGUUUAAAAACAAAAGUAACAAUCACACACACACACACACACACACACACACACACACACACACACACACACACACACACACAUUUCUGACAUUUUAAACCAGCAUCGUCUUGAAGAAAUGGCUGAUGGUUUUUGCUGUUUUGCCAUGUCAUCAAGUGAAAGCAGGAAAAUAAUCUAUUAAUAAGAGAAGUUAUUUUUUUCAUUCCUGUUUAUUGUGUAAAAAUGUGUUUUUAGAACUUUAGUAAAAAUUUUAGGGAAAUUAUCUCCCAGAUUCAAUGAGUGCUUUUGAUCUGUGUGUGUGUGUGUAUUUUUAAUUAAUUUAUUUUUUGUCCUUUGUAUGAUUCUCUGUGUGUCCGUCACUUUGAAGCAUGAUUCUUGCUCUGGUUAGAAAUAAAGAGUAUGAUUUAAAUGUCAGUAAAGUUAUAAUCUGGUUUGUAAAGGUCAAGUAAAUCAAAUUUUUUACAGUUAAUCAUUCUUAAUUUACCAGUUCUUAGUUGUUCAUUUGUUACUGGUUUGAUUGUCGGAUUGCGUGUUAACAGUAGCAGCUGUGUGUUUAACAAAUCUGCUCAAAGCACAAGAUUUUUUACAACAAUAGGGAAAUGUAUAAAGUUCAUCUGGUCUAAAAAGACCUUAAACCUCUGUUUCCAUCCUUUUGAUACACUCUAAAAAUAAAAUGUUGAAUUUGCUUAAUUUAGUUGUGUCAACUGGUUCCACUAAACCAGUAUAUUUCAAUUAGUGGGACAAGGGGUUGUCAUGCAGGACAUGAGAUGCAGGAGAAUGUAUUAUUUUAACAUAUUUUUUCAUACUUGAAUGCACAACCACCCCCAGUCACUAGGUGGCAGCAGCGUUCAGAUCUUUCAACAGGCUGCCUGUUAAACACAGCAGAAGAAGACGCAUAUAAACACAGACACAGGAGCACAAAGGUGAUAGAGGAAACAGCCAAAGUACUGGCUGUUGGUAGAAAAAGAUGAUCAAUAUGAGCAGUAAAGCGAAAUAAACAUUUACCUUUAAAAUAACAACUCAUAACAAUAUAUAUUACUCUUGACAAUUAGGCCACUAUUUUUAGUGGAACCAGCUGAUAUAAUUUAAAGUCAACAUUUCAUUUCUUUGAGUGCACUUUGUUCCAGAAAGGUUUAUCUUCUGGAUCCAAGUUGAAGUUUGCUCCAGGGAAAAUUCACCUCAACAUUGGAAAAGGAAAACUUGAAUUAUUUGUUUCUCCGGUCAGAAAUAUUGGUCACGAUGGAGAAUGUAGCACCUCCUGUUGUGUUUCUGUCACCUGAUUUCUGCCUCUCAUGUGAUUUUAUUUGCAUUUCAGUGAUUCAGACCCGUUGUUUGAAGGAGGUAUUUUUUCUUUUUGAAAAGUCUCAGGUUGCCUCGAAAACUCGCACAUUUUGGUGAAACUGUCAGAUUUAAACAAAUCUGAAAAAUCAUUAGCAAUUUUUGUUAUAUUUCUAAUUAUUUCAGGUCAGAUUUCACUGGAAAAUCUGUUAAGUUUGCAGCUUUAUUUUACAUUCAUAUCAUCAAAAUGUGAAUUAUAUCCAACAGCAAAAAGAAAAAGAAAAUAACUGGUUUGUGGCGAGCGCUUGGAAGAAAUGUACUGUUUGUGUUGACCGUGAUGCAGAUUUCACUUUUUUUUGUUUACACAUGUUGCACAAAAUAAAUGUGGUAAAAGUUGUUCAAAGGGAACUCAGACUGUACACUAUAAGAACAAACAUGAAUGUUUUGCUGUAAAAUAUUGCAGAAAAAUAGGAAAGGUUUAUAAAUGACUGUGAAUUGUACAAAUUAUUUUGUUUUGAAAUGAUGGGACUGAAGGAAAAAUAAAGGUUUCUUGCAUUUUU